UGCUCAGUGCUUAGUCGCCAACAGCUGUGUAACACGUAGCAGCAUUGGUUUUCCUCUUGAUUAGUUGAAAUAUUUUCCUCGAAUGGUCCAACAACAUAAGAGGAUACUGCAGCAGCACGGUUCUCAAUUGAGAAAAACUCCUCAGCAACGGCUCCAUUAUGGUAGAACCAGUUUCGAUCCCUUCUUGGGGAAUUAGACGAAAUCCAACUUUGUAGCGCAAUCUGGCACGCAGAGGAGGUCUUUAAAAGAAAGCCAGCCUUGCGAGGACGCGUGUUAGUUCUUAGCGGACCGUUAAACUGGUUAGUAGUAAAAUCACGCGCGCGGAAUACUUUCAUUGCCACCUCGUCGUACACGUGCUCUGGGGGCAAUGUUACGGUUAAUUACGGCCAUAGUGCCGCUGUUGAUUUUAUUGAUUCGAAUUCGCGGUUCGGAGAUCCUGAACGAUGCCCAUAUUUAUAGAUCGUUCGCGGCGAGCGAGAUUGUUCCGGAUGUAGUGGACGAAGCACCGGACUGUUGGCUUCGAGUUGCAUACAAAAGUGGCCAAGAAGUGGAAGGCGGCAAUCGAUUAACACCGACACAAACCAGAAGCAUUCCAUCGCUCACGUUCAACGCUAACGAGCGGUCGUUCUAUACAUUGAUCAUGGCCGAUCCCGACACUCCAAGUCGCGAUGACCCGAGGGAUAAAGAAUUCGUGCACUGGGUCGUGGGCAACAUCCAAGGCAACGAUGUUGAUCGUGCCGAGACCUUGGUCGAGUAUAUUGGGUCCGUUCCACCCAAGGGAAGUGGCCUCCAUCGGUAUGUGUUCCUACUGUACGAGCACGGAACUCGGCUGAACUUCACGUCGGAGGCCCGUCUUUCGAGCCGUUGUCGUAAUCCCCGGCGGUACUUCUCUACGAGGAAUUUCGCCCAAAAAUAUGGACUGACAAAUUUGUGGGCAGGGAAUUUUUUCCAAGCACAGUACGAUGACUACGUCGCGCAACUGCAGGGACAACUGUCCGAAUGUACUGAGUACGUCAGCCGAUCUGAAUGGCCCGAGGAAUGGAACCGCGUUCGGCGGUUAAGUGAUCCUUGAUUGUUAAAUUGUUAUAAGUGUAGUUAAUAAAGUGAAAUUUAAUAUAAUACCUAUGCUUCCUGUUGAUUUCAUUGUGCUA